ACAAACCGCACGCGAAGAGACACAUCCUUCGUUGGAAGGGAGCCAAGCCAGCGCUUCCGCCUUCGCCUUCGUCUUCCCCAUUCCAUCCAUCCAUCCCACCACCUCCCCCGAAAAAAUCCCACCGAUACCUCAUCGCCUUCGUCUCCAUCCUCGCUUCCACGCCAAAAGUCGUUUGCUUUUUUUCCCCCUCCCUUCUCGCGUCUCCUCCUCUCUCUCUGGGGUUUUGGGAGGGGUUCCUCGAGGUGGUGGUGGUGGUGCCGUGGUGGUGGUGGCUUUUUGUGGGCGCGAGACUUUUUGGGUUUUAGGAGUUCUUUCUUGAGGGGUUUUGGGUGGUGGUGGUGGAGUUGAGGAUUGGAGACCGGGGGGGGGGGGGGAGCUGAUGCGAGUGGCGUGAUGAUGAUGUGGCCUGCGGAGAUGGAGGAGGAGGGGUUUGUUGCUGUCAAGAGGACGGAGCACGUCGAGGUCACGUCCGUGGCGGUGGAGGCGGCGCCGGCGGGGAAGGUGAAGGGGAAGGUGGUCGGUGGUGGUGGCGCCGGCGGUGGGCCGUCGACGGUGAGGGUGUUCUGCGACGACUUCGACGCGACCGACUCCUCGAGCGACGAGGAGGAGGAGGAGGUGACGGAGCGCCGGAGGGUGAAGCGCUACGUGCAGGAGAUUCGGCUGCAGCGGGUGGCCGCUGCGGUUCCGGCGGCGGGGAAGGGCUCGGAGGAGUUGUUGCCGGCGGCGGCGAAGAUGGCGGACGCCGCGAAGGCUAGGGUGAUGUUAGGCGGGAGGAAGAGGAAGGCCGGCGGGGACGGCGCAGAGCCGCGGUUCCGCGGCGUGCGGCGGCGGCCGUGGGGGAAGUACGCGGCGGAGAUCCGCGACCCGUGGCGGCGGGUGCGGGUGUGGCUCGGUACGUUCGACACCGCCGAGGAGGCCGCCAAGGUGUACGACUCGGCCGCCAUCCAGCUUCGCGGCGCCGACGCCACCACUAACUUCAACCAGUCCGGGGACGCCGCCGACCUCGAGGUCCCUCCCGAGGUCGCCGAGCGCGUUCCGCAGCCGCCGGGUGCGUCGAAGAACGCCUCCCCGGCGACCUCCUACGACUCCGGCGAGGAGUCUCACGCCGCGGCGGCCUCCCCAACCUCCGUCCUCCGCUCCUUCACUCCGUCUGCCGAGGCCACCACCGCCGAGACGACCAACAAGAAGAAGCCGUCGCCGCCUCCCGUCGUGCGCGAGACCGACGAGUCGAGCGAAGUCUUCGGCUGCUCUUUCUCCGACGACGGCGGCUUCACCGGCGAGCUCCCACCUCUCUACACCGACUUCGACCUCCUCGCCGACUUCCCGGAGGCCCCGCUGGACUUCUUGUCCAACCUCCCAGUGGAGCCCUUCUCCCUGGCUCCCUUCUCCGGCAAUAAUGGCUCGCUGGACCUCCACCUCGACGACGACGACGACGCCCCAUCGCCGGCGGCGGCGGCACAAGUGGACGACUUCUUCCAAGACAUCACCGACCUGUUCCAGAUCGACCCGCUCCCCGUCGUCUAGUGCAGCAACAACACCAACUGUAAAACACCGGAUUAGGCGACUAAUCCGGCCAAUUUUGUUUGCGUUUUACCAUUCUUUUUCUUUAUUUUUUUCGUUCUAGAUGAGAGAGAGAGAGUGAGCUAUGAUUCCCCGUCAGUCUAGCUGCGGCAAAAGCACUCACAACCGCUUCGAGGGGAAAUCCUUGACGAGGCGAGCUAUCAGAGAGUCAAAAAAGAAAAAAGAGCAAUGGGAAUAUGAGAUCGUGUUGUAAUGGUUUUGUCAAACCAUCGAAUUAAGUUUAUCGGUAAUUAUAGCAAAUACUAGUAUCGGCCAUUCGU